GAAGUUAGUAAAAGACAGAAUGUCAAUAACGUUACAGGAUUUAGGGUUUUGCUAAUCAAUCUAAAGUAAUGUACAAAUGUCUUACAUUUGUUUUUUUUAAAAGGAUGGAUAAGAUAAAAGAAUACAAGAUUUAAAAAAACAACUUGAACGUGAUGAACUUACUCAAAAGGGCUUUGAUGCCAGAGUGAAACAUUUGCUGAGUGAAGAGGAGUCGCACAGUGGAAGAGAGACAAAAGAAAAAAACGAGAAGGCAUUUAUGGAUGCAGCACAAAUAUUUACAAAGGCAAAACAAUUCAUCAAACCACAGGUGAAAAAAUGUCAGUUUCCCCUUCGCCAAAAAGAAAAGUCCUUAUUAAAGAUAAAACUGAGUCCCAUGGAGUGGAAACCACGACCAUCCAAAAAACCUGGGAGGUACCAAAAACUAAUUCUUGAGGAGGCCCCACCAAGGAUCUUAGUCACAGGCAACGAGGGUUAUGAUGAACUCAUCAAUAUUGCUCAGGAGGCGUUCUGGAUGGCAGAAGAAAGAGAGGGAAGUACACUUACUCUCUGUCAUGCAGAUGGCACGAGGUGGACAAAGGAGCAGUUUAACCAAGAAUAUGGAUCUGUUUCGGAGAUCCCAACCCUUUGGAAGAGGACAUUUUUUAUUGGACGUAGAGAAAUGGGUAUAGUAGAAAAUGUUUUCUCUACCAAGGCAGAUAAUAUUUGUAGUCACAACACAAUAUUAUCUGCCUUGGUGAAACCAGUUCACCAUCAGGAUUUCCAGCCUAAGAGAUCCAGGUGUACAGGGAAAUCCUUAGGUUCAGGUAAAAGUGCUGAUGGUGGUCCAGAUCCAGGUUCAGAGAGAUCUUUGAAUGGAGGCAUAGAAACAAGCACACACACUGAUCCGAAAUCAGAUCCACCUACAGAUCAGAGUGCAAAGGAGUCUACAAAACCAGAACAUGAAGCAGAGAGGUGUGUGGAAGGAGAAAUAGCAGGAUCUGUAGUCAAAGGUGUUUGCCCACAGAAUGAGGUGUUUUAUGUAUCAUCUAAUGUUGUCACCAUCUUACCAUCAUUGUAUGUUCCACGCCUGCCAUUUGUGGAUGAGUCACUUAUCAAUUACAAUGAACGGGACCUCUUGGGUGAAGGAUCUUUUGGAAAGGUGUAUAGAGGUUCUUUUCAGGGAACACCAGCUGCCAUAAAGAGGAUUCCAUAUGGCAUAGCAGGACUUGAAGAUCGGGACAUACAGCAUGAGAUUCUCGUCUCACUACGACUGAGCCAUCCCAAUAUUGUUCGACUCAUGGCAGCAGCCCGCACUGACAACACCUUUUUGCUGGCCAAUGAAUACAUUCAUGGCACAACCCUGGAUCAUGUGAUACACAAUGGCAAUGCUUGUGUUAAGUUUGAAGGAAACGACAGUCAUUUUGUUGCCCUUGACAUAUCCUUGGCCGUUGAAUACAUUCACUCAAAAAAUGUCAUUCAUCAGGAUCUAAAGCCUGAAAAUAUUUUGAUUGACAGAUUCUCUAAAAAAGCUGUACUUACUGACUGGGGACUAGCCAACAUAAGGGACACUGUUGUACUACGACAAGGAAGCAGAAUUACCGAAGGCAGGUUAGGACCAAUGGGUGGAACUUUUCUUUACAUGGCUCCAGAGUGUCUUAUUGAGUUUGAAGAGGCUUCUAGAAGCUCUUACAUCUGGUCUUUGGGAGCAACAUACCUUGAACUUUUCACAAAGUUAAAGCCCUGGACAGUAAAAAACCAAAAGCAGUUGUCUGGCCUAAUGACCAAAAAUGCACAGCCACAUGCUCUUGAACAUCUGUGUGAAAAAUACAGUUUCAUUGCCAUGAUGCUACACUAUGACCCAGCAUCAAGACCUGAAGCUUCAUCAGUUGUUCUCUCUCUAAAAAAAGUUGAAGGGCCAGAUUAUCUGAGUCGUUAUGGUUACACGUGGUGAAUGUAACUAACUGUUGUGACCUUGGAACUGUAUUAGAAGUUCAGUUUUUGGCCUACUGCUGUGUUAUUUAUACAUCUGUCAGAAUGUUCCAUAUUGCUACUGACAUGUUUGAAUAUUUGCUGCGUUUUGCAGUUGUAAAGAGCAAGUAGCUCAGAUCAGUAAAGAUAAGUCUUGAUGGAA